GUUCUUUAUCAAGUUUUUCUAUUUGUAUUUUUAAUUCAUUUUGUUUAAUGUUUUAUGGCCUUUUUGUUUCAUUUUAACAUUGCAGCCGUUGAUCCCCCCCCCACACACACACACUUUCUCCCUUUCAAAGAAUUGUUAUUUGAAUGAAAACCCUCCUCGCUGAGCUCUUGUUCUCAUCUGGGGGGGAGGGCUCCCAUUGGUCGGGAGGCCAACUGUAGCCGCACCUCCGUGUCAUGGUGAGCUCCCCGGCCCGGCAUGUGAUUGGCUGUGGUGGGGGGGAGGAGCCAGACGUGGUAUAAAAACGCCGUCCCGCCUGUUGGCUUUCAGUACUGAGCGAAGUGUGUGUCCUCCGUGUGUGUCUGUGUGUUUUUAGUGUUUGUGUGUGUGUGAGCGAGACACGUCUGUCUGAUUUGAUUUUGGCUCCACCCCCCCACCCCCACCGCUUCCCCACUGGCUUCUGACUUCCACUGUUCAAUCUCAGCCGUGACCCCGAUAGGAGGCUUAAUCAUCAUGGAGAAUUUCACCCCCCCGUGCUUCUGUACGCCGUCCACGGACUGACGCUUCUUCCCCGAGAGUGGGUGAGGGAGGAAGGAAGGGAGGAUAACGGCGGCGAGAGGAGGAAGAGGAGCGAGUACUUCAACACAGAGUGCGCCACCACCAUGCCAGUGGAAACCCUGCGGCCCUCGGAUGGCCGCCUGCCCAGGGCGCCCCUCACUUCGGCCAUGCCCUUCAGGAUACUCAACAAGGGGCCUGACUACUUUCGGUGCCAAGCUGAGUCGGCCGGGCGCAAGCUGAGCGCCGUGGAGCGCCUAGAGGCGGACAAGGUCAAGUACGUCAAGAGCCAGCAAGUGGCGCUCACUCGCCAGGCUCCCGUCAAGCCGCCCAUCAUCAGGAAACCCCUCGUGCCGCCGGCCAUGACGCUGCAGUGUCAUAUGGGCACUCCCGUCGCCAGGAAGAGUCCAUGGUGCCCAUCCAGCGGGGACGGUAGCGGCGUGAGGAAAGUGGGAGAAAGAAGGGGACCCCCUCUCAACUUAGAUAUUUUGAACAAUCUGAUCAAUAACAUAUGCGACGCCCCCCUUCCUUCCUCCCAGUCGUCCUCAUCCACCUCUCCCUUGUCGUCGUCACCGUCGUCGGGGGCCAAGAGCAUCGGCAGCAGCCUUUCGGUGGAGCAGGAGCAGAACCACCAACUCCUCAGCAACCUCAAACCGCUGAGCACCGCCACCUCCUCUUCAACCUCUUCCUGCACCUCCUCUCCACUCAACAGCAGCCUGAGGACCCCCCCAGCCGACCCCAGCCACCGCCCUCCCCCUGUUCCGGCACGGGCACCCCGCAUCCUUGUCCCAUCAGCUUACAUUUCUCCGAACACCGUCAUGGUGCGCAGGGUGGAUGUUCGACCCCACGCUGAAAUUAGGAAGCCCCAGAUGCCCCCGCUCAGACUUCGACAGACUGCCCAGGGUCAAGUAGCACACCCCAAGGUGCCUCCGCCUGCCCCCCAGAACCCACCUCAACCCGACACCACCGCACAAACCACGGCCCCGCCUCCUUCUUACCUGCCCCCCAGCCCCAUGCUAGUCCGCGCAAGCAUGAUCCCGCCCGCCUCCCCCGCCUUCACCCGCCUGUCCAACGCAAGCUCCAAAGGCUCGGCCCGUAAGCACCCUUCCUUGCACCGCUCCAAGUCGGACCUGAGCGACCGCUAUUCGCGCGCCACGGCCGAUCUGGAACGCUUCUUCAACUAUUGCGGGCUGGACCCCGACGAGGUGGAGGGCAUGGGCGGGGUGGAGCGCUUCACCCGAGCCAACUCAGACAUCGUGUCCAUCUCCAAGCUGCGCAGCGUCAGCACUCCCAGCUCCGAGUGCGGGGAAGAGGCGGAGCCAGGCCGACGGGACGAUGAGGACGAUGCCAGAGAGCGAGUCCCGUACGGCAUCUCGGUCAUUGAGAGGAACGCCCGAGUCAUCAAGUGGCUCUAUGGCAUCCGCCAGGCGCAGGGCGUGAGCAGCGCAGGAUGCUAACAGCGCAGGAUGCUAACAGCGUCCUUUCAAGCUUGUAGACCGCCAACUGACUGGAAAGCUGUUUUGGAUUUACGAGAAGAAGGGAAGACUUCAUCUUUUGUGGCCUUUUCUUCCCUGGAAGACUUUCAAGCUGUCAGCUCAAGUCUGAAAUCCACAAUCGUACUUUGUAUUUAAUUCGUAUUUGUAAGCAAUACUCCAGAAAGGUACUCAAAGGUACUCUCAUGUCUCAGGGUGCCUUCACAUUUGUCAGGUUUCUUUACUCUGCCAGCACGCUUCCAACGCUUGCAUCCCAAAUGCGUUAUUUGGAUUUGUCAAUGGGCCUCUAAAAGUAUUUUUUGCAAGCUUUUUGUCAAAAAACAGCAGAAUCUAAGAAGACUUCCAUAUUUCACCCAGCAAUAUGCAAUAUUUCAUUUACACCUCAAAAUAAGUCAUGUAAGGUCUUUUCAAAGUAUACUUUACUUAGUUAAAGUAAAUACUUGGCUUUAAUUGGUUUCUCCAAUUAUGUGCUUUCUUUACGGAAAUGUUCUUUACUGUACAACCUUUGGUCACAUGACAAAAAUACCAGAGUGAAUGCUAAAACAAGCACAACGGUAUGCACCUUUUCUUUGGUCUGGACCAGAGUCCUGAGCCACAAGUGUGAACGCAGCCUACGUACGUAUGUGUGUGUGUGUGUGUGUGUGCAGAGAGACACACACCGAUGCUGUGAAAAGUCUGAAAAAAGUUAGCGUUUGAAGCACAAGACUGUCAAUAUAUUUUGUGGGCAUGCGACUUUGUGUAUGUUGACACUUUGACCACUUAGCUUAGCGCCAACAUGCUAGCACGGCGCGUCAACGCUUUGGGUGUUUGCCGUGGUGCUUUGCCCGAGCGGCUAGCAUGCGUAUUUUUACAGCCAUGAAAAAGAUGUCUCAGGAAGACGUGGUUGCCGUAUAAUAUUUAUUUGGAAAAGGAGUCUACUAAGUGCGAUCAAGGAUGGAAGUACUGUAAAUGCACAAAGCCAGCAAGCGUCGGACCCCCCGGUGGUCCGCCAUGGAGGACUGGAGACCAGACGGCCAAAGAUGCAAAAAGGCUUUAAAUGAAGUUGUGUUUGCACGCAGAAUUAAAAACAAUCACUUUGUCUGUGAUGACUGUUAUUUUAUUGUGCUAUUCUGUAUUUUUAUUGGCCCGCUGCUCAUUCUAGAAAAUAUUCAAAGCAAAGUAAGAGAAUAAACCUGUAAUAUUAUGUCAUUUUAGUAGCAUAAAGUCUUACAGAUGGGCCUUUUUUGAAAUUGUGGAUAAAAAAAUGAAUAAAGUUGUCAAUUUUGAAAAAUUAUGAUGUGCAAAAUUUUCUAUUAUGGCAUUAUUAGUAGUCCUAAUAUUACAAGAAGAAUAUUUACAAGACAAAAUUAAAAAUAGUUUUUCAAGCUGUAAUUUGAAAAGGAAUUAUGUCAAAAUAUUGAGAGAGAAAAAAACCUGAGUGCACACUACCAGUCAAACAUAUGGGGACACUUUAUCAUGUUAUUGUAUGGGAAGUUGUCUCUAUACUUUUGAGCGGCACCAUGUGUCCUCAUCCAUGUCCUCGCUUGAUGCCAUGAUAAGCUGAUUAAGACGCUAAGCCAG